AUGGCAUCAGCAAUUACAAAGGCUACCCAGCGCCUUUCCAAAGCAUCAGAUGGUCGAGAUGACACAAAGUUGCUCAUGCAGCCUUAUACCAACUGGGAAGAGUACCUGACCCCUGGACCCCUGUCCAUCGCAAUAAUGGGAGAGUUAGUUUUCAUAUCAUCAAAUGUCGAUUUCUCCAUCAACAAAAAUCCACCCAAAGACGGCUUCAAGCACAUCAGAUACCCAGAAUCCUUCCGUGCCUGCCUGAUGCAAGUCUGCAAUGCUGGCUGGGCAGCUUUCAAUGAGGCCCACAAGAACAUGGAUCAAAUCCGCCUCUACACUGGGAAUGUGGCAGAGUACAUCAAGGUGUCCGUGACGAUCCUCCUUCAGGACAAUGAUGAGCUUAUCCAGACCCUUCUCCCUGACCAGCUUGAGAACAUCGACCACAUGGCACAGGACUGCCUGCAAUUAGCUGAGCGGACGGAAAAGAAAUUCAUGAAAGUCAUUGAGUUGAUCCAGGAGCUCCUUGAAGCGUGCACUAAUGCCAAACAGAGCUACGGUGAGGAACUUGAAAAUGUCAAGCGCAAGAUAGAGGAGGCAAAACUACGCAAGCAGGCAUCAGACGAAGCCAACACGCGUGCCGAAAAAGCUAUUAAGGAAAUGGAUAAGCAGCUCAGCGAUGCACAAAGGAGCUUCAAUGAGUCGAUGGACUCUCUACCAACUGGGUGGGAAAUUAUUGGAAUGAACCUGGUUGAAGGGCUCUCAUCAAGUGUUACUGCUGCUCUGCAGGGUGUAGUUAACACAUACACUGGAGGCAAUUUAUUGUCUAUCACUGCCAACCAACUCUCAUCUACUACUGAAAUCCUAAACACCUUACAGCCCCAGGGGGUUCAACCACAGAGGCAGGCAACUGAUCCAUUUGCUGCAAACAACAUUUUCUCCAAAUCGUCUGAAAUUUUGACCCACUGUGAAUCUUUGAAAAUGUUUGUUGAUGAAAACAGGCAGAUCAACGAGACAGCACUUUACGAUCAGAAACGUCAAACAGCUAAUUCAAAUUUUCAGAAAAGCAGUUUCGAGAGGAUAUUAUCAUCCAUCAAAUCUGAGAAUGAAUGUGAGCCAAAAGCGCUUGCUCUGCAAAUCUGUGAGAAAGGCAUUAUCCUGUGUGUAAAGCUUGGUCAAUACGUAGUAGGGAAGCAAGCAAGGCCUGAACUAAAACCUACAUCAGACCAGGCUGCAAACAAGCUCAUUUCCCUUAUUGAGGAAAUAAACGGCCUGGCCCAAUCAUUUGACUCAAAGGGCAAAUGCCACACCAACACAGCUGCCUUCACUGUUAAACCACCUCAGCUGAGCAAAAGCCAAGCCAGUGGGCCAGAAACAAACAGCGCAAGUCAGAUUGCGACCGACAACGCCCGACUGCGCAUCGAGCAAAGCCGCGCCCAACUGGACAUGGUGAGGGAGAUGUAUCAGAAGAGUGUCGACAACAUGGAGAAGAACAAACGGGAGCUGACUGAGAUUCUGGUGACGAUGAGAAACUGCGAGGUCAAGGAGAUCGAUUUCAACACCACCAUCAAGAUGCUAAUGAAAGGUCUAGAAGCCAUGGGGAGGGUGAAGGAGCAAUGGGAGAAAAUGGUGCGAUUCUUUCAGAUGGUGUCCAACAUUGUCAAGACCUGCUUGAGCACCUGUCUGAAUAAUUUCCUGAAAACAGCCACAAAGGCCUCAAACUCAUCUCUAAUGUACUCCUCGAGGAUGUUCAUGAAAGAUAUGAUUUACAACCAGGCUUUCCAAGCCUCCAACAUUGCCAGUCUGGUGAACAUGAUCUCGGGGACUUAUGCCGAAGUCUCUGCCAAAUACCUGAUGGACCGUGUCAGUAGCCUGGGCAGACUGAUGGCCCUUGAUCCCAACAACCCACAAUUUAAAACAGAGCGACUUGGUCUCCAGACCGCUUGUGAAGAGGCACAAGAUGGAAUAAGACGACUUGUCCUUGAAAACAAGCGGAAAUUUGAGAUGAAGACGCAAGCCAGACUGAAGCAAAUUGAGGGAGAUCUACUCUCAGUAAUGACUCCACCACGCGAGGAGGAAACAAACAAAGUGAAGGAAAUUGUUCAAAGUGCCUUCAAAGACAAAGAAAAAGAAGAGCAAUUUGCCUGAAUUGGUGAAAACUGAAUUGUCAUUACCCACACUGGUCUAAGAAGCCAUGACUUUAAUUUGACCGCUUGCUUUGCCAUUGCUUUCUAA